UUACCCUUUUUUUUAGCAACAUGUUACCUUACCUUUGUAUAUUAUUGUUGCCCAGUUUUAUAAUGGGCUUUCUCGGGCCCAUUAACAAUGAAAUGAUUCAACUAUCCGUACGAGUCAAAGUGUCAGACAGUUGCUUUUGAAGCUUUUCUCUCUCUCUCUCACUCUUUCCCAAUCCUCAGGCAGUUGAGCGGACUUUAGAGAGAAGCAGAAGCAGCCACACAGCAAGAGGAAGAGGAAGCUUCUUCCACUGUUAACGAACAGAUCCCGUUUGAAAAAGCUGAAGGAAAAUGACGCUCAAUGGCGUUUUAGAUUUGCUCCAAGAGAAUGUGAAGAAGCCUCGCUUCUGCAAGUCUCUGCCUUUGGGAGAAAACUGGAAGUCUAAAUCAAUGAGGAUUAUUCCUGAAGAGUUUGUGAGAAGCGCUCAUGGUGCUUUUGAGCACAGGCUGGUGUUCAGUGUUUCUUGGGGAAAUUCGUGGCAAGUCUGGCUCCAACGAGACAAGAACGGUCUGUUCAUGGAAGAAGAAGACUGGGACGAGUUUGUGGAUGACAACUUGUUAUGCCCUAACGAUAUCUUGCUCUUCACACAUGAGGACACAAUGUUUACUGAAGUGAGAAUCUAUAAAAAAGAUUAUCGCUUCUUCAAACAGGUCAUCACAGCACCUCUUCCACCUCAAGUGCUUAACCCUAAGCCAAACGCCCCUUCCUCUGCACCUCCUGGCUUUGCUCCCUUUGCUUCUGCCUCGGCAAGUAGAGCGAGACAGAGCUCUUCUCCUGUCCAAAACCCUGAGCAGUACCUCGUAAACCCCCAAAACCCCUACUUUGUGAAGACACUGUCCAAAAAGAUCGAUGUUCUGUAUGUGAACCAAGAGGUGAUUCAGAGGUAUGGCUUGAAGUUUGGUCCCCAUCUGUCACCCGUUCAUUACCUUCUUCCCGGAGAAAAACACGAGGCUGUGAUUAAGAUCUACCGCAACGCCCCUUGUUUCAAUCGCUGGGCAGCCAUAUGUAAGAAGUACAACAAGAAAGAAGGAGACAGUGUUGUUUGUGAGCUUGAACGCUCAGGUGGUGUGGUUACUGCUGUUAGAGUGCAUUUCGUUGAUGAAUGAAGAGACCAAGAAGACCUCUCCAGUGUCUCCUUCCUAUGAGUUAAGCUUCAUAUAAGUGUUUACAAAACUUACUAUUUGUAUUGCAACAAUUAAGUAGCUGUCAGUGUGGUACUAGUCUAAUUUACUUAGCUUUCUUGUGACUAUGCUUCAUAUAAUCUCUCCUUUUACAACCAUAUAAAAUAAAAACACCAAAAAGACAAUGUUUUAAAAAUAAAGCCCACACAUUUCACUUCUUGUAACAGUUACCGGAGUAAAACCCGAAUGGUACUUCUGAACAUAACACCAAAAAUCACCAUUCGUGUUUUUUCAAAAACUAAAAUCUACUGCAAAAUCAAAAACCAGAAACUAAAAACCAAAAUCUAAAAACUAAAAACCAAAAACUAAAAUCUAAAAAUCAUCCAAACAAUCAUCACCUGAAACAUAGUCACAAGAAAGAAUCUUUUGGAAAAACAAAAACCAAAAAUUAAUUCAAAAACCACAAACAAUCAACCUCUCAAGCUUGGUAUGAAUUUGGAUGAUGUAUUUGUUUUAUUGAUCUUUUAAGUAAAAUGUGUGUCAGUGCAUGAUUUGAAUUUACUUUGUAUAUAUCAGAUAUGCAUACACUUUUAUUCUAGUAAAUUUGUAAAAAAAAAAAAAAAAUUCCAUAAAGGCUUACAUACAUAAGAAAUUGGCAAUCCCCUUUUGCCUUCUCAUGCAAGAAAGGCACAUAUAACCCCUAAACAAACCUCUCCUUUUACCACCCAUAUCUUUUUAAUAAAAUCAAAACACACACACCAAAAAGACAAUAUUAU